AAAAAAAAAAGAUUCUUUAGUACCGCAGCUACCGCCAACGCAUCAAUCCGUCCCAGCGGGGAGUGAAGAGAUCAGACCCUCGCAAUCUCUCUCACUCUCUAUAUCCGUGCUUUCAUGUGAUACUGGUUUCGAAACUGAUCGUUUUGUUCCUGAUCCAUGGAUCCCAAGGAACGCGAAGAGCUCUGCAACACUGGACCUGAAGAAGAAACAGUGGCCCGUCGAAAGAACCGUUCUAGGCGCGUUAGCUUUGCCGCUGAGAUUACUUCAGUUCACUUUUUUGACAGAGAUGAAGAAUACGAGACGCCUCCAGACUCGAAACCUAAUUCUGAAAACUCGGAAACAAGAGAAGCAAACGAGGAUUUAGGGUUUCAGAAUGAUGUUGGCGGCAGCGAUGAUUCGAAGGAGUUAACGCAAAAUGGAGAAGACGACGAGGACGACGAGGAUGAUGAGGUGAAGGCAUUUGUUCGAGACAUGGUUUUGUCUUCUCCGGGAAGUGCCAUCGGUUCUGCGACCUCCAACGACGAAGAAAAUUUUUUUGGCCCUGUAUCAGCAAGUUUUAUUAGAUCUGGACAGCCAUCAGACUCUGCAGCCUCUGAUGAUAACCAUGAUAUUACUUUGGAUUCCACUGCCUUUUCCAUGCAUUUUCGUAGCCUUGUGCACUCUUCCUCCGGAGGAGAUUUCAAGACACCAUCAAGACAUCAUCUCCCUUUUGAAGAGAGGACACCAUCCGAAACUUCCAUGCCAACCAACCAAAGCAGUUUUAUGGCUCUGACAGGAAUUAAGAAGCCACUUCCUCACUGUUCUGUCUCGGAUGGAAAAUCUAGUGGCGUCUGUGAGUCAAAUGACAUGAGCCUGGUAGUAGAAAAUCCUCAUAGGUAUGAUUAUGGGAGACUGUCACCUACGCUGGGUGCGCUUCUGGCUGAAGGCGGCAAGGAUUUACAUGGCAUAUCUGUUUCUAAUGAUAAUGAGAUUUCAAACUCAUCUAAUUGUCUCAGUAGGGACAGUAGGUUUCCCACGUUCGAUAGGCUAAAGAGUAACUCUAAGGACCUCAAGGAUUCUGGAAGUGAGGAACUGCACAACAUUGUCACCAAUGAUAUGCCUGUUGAGGUGAUUUCUGGUUCCAGCUCUAAAUCGCAUGAGGGAAGUGUAGGAUCUACAACCCCUCGCAUUGACCAGAUCAGUCAUGAUUGCUCAUCUAGUACAAAACAGUCUCAGCCUACUGAUGCUUCCAUUGGUGACCAUAGUCAAAUUCUCUGUGAGUCAGUGAAGGAGAUGCCCUUAUACAUGAAUAAAGGGCCUGGUAGAGACGCUCUUGAAGCUAGGGGAUUGAUAUCGGAAGUUGGUGCCUGUAACAGUGCCACCUCCAAAUCUCCAAGUAAAACACUGGAUGUCAAUUUGAUCGCAGAUCGUGAUUGUGGAUUUUUAGAUGGUCUGAGAGCCUUGAGGAUGGAAGGACCUACUGAUUAUGGAAGUCUUACUCCCACGACACUACAGAUCUCUGAUCGACAAUGUGAAUCUCCAUUGGCUGGGUCUGUGUCCUUGUUAUGUGCCAAAAGAAGACAAUUAUUUUGUAAUGGAACUGUUUCACCGGGUAGUAAGCAAUCAUCUAUUCCAUUUGAUCAGAAGCAUCAUUCUUCCUCUUUAGAGAAUGAUAGAAGAGGACUUGGAAAAAUUGGAACUUCUAUUGAGAAAAGCAUCUCAAAAUUAAAGUUUCUUGAUACUUCUGUUACUGUUGAAGAUGGAUUUGACACUUUGAAACCAAAAUUCUUUGAUAAUAAUUGUAAACUGGCUGCAAAGGCUACUGGUUUGGGUGAAAAUAGCGAAAAUCUUAAACUAAAGAAACUGGAAAUUUCUGCUACUGCUUUAGAAGGGCAUUUGCUAUAUAGUGCUCAGAAGAACAGUGCACAGAGGGAUACAGUUAAUACGAAUGCACAUGGGAGUGAGGCAUCUAAAAACGUUAGCAUGAUGCCUAGACAAGCUGAAAAGGAUGUACAUGUUGUGCAUGAUGGAGAAUUUGAGGAGCAGAUAUCUAACAAUGUGCUCUGCAGUGAUCAGCCUAGUAAGGUAAUGACAGUGGCAGUGUCACCUUUUCAAUUUUCAAGGUCUGGAAAGCAAAUGCAGGAGCAUCCUUUGGCAUCUCACGAUUCCGUUGAAAGAACUUUCAUUACUUCUAGACCUGGUUCCUUAUUAGUAGACAUUACAGAAGAUGCUAAUGCAAAAAAACAAUUAACUGUUACAUCUGAUAAGUUCUCUGCAUCACCUUUUCAAUUUUCAAGCUCUGGAAAGCAAAUGCAGGAGCAUCCUUUGGCAUCUCACGAUUCCGUUGAAGGAACUUUCAUUACUUCUAGACCUGGUUCCUUAUUAGUAGAUAUUACAGAAGAUGCUAAUGCAAAAAAACAAUUAACUGUUACAUCUGAUAAGUUCUCUGCAUCACCUGAACACGCUGGCAUCCUUUCAAGGGCUUUGAAGCAGCAGGAUCAAGGGAACAUGCUUCUCGGUCGCAGCAGUGGACAAGAUGUAGUAGAUUCAGGAUUAAUUGCUGCCAAUGUGAGUCAUUUGACUCCUGAGACUAAAAAAGAUGUCAGUUAUCUGACUCCUGUACUUGGUGGAUUCGGUUCCUUGCUCAAGCAGAAGAGAUCACAAUCUGCCUCACCCAUCAUUGGGAACAAUAGUAGGAGUUCAGUAAAUGUUGCUAAAUUGAAAAGGAUGGGUGAUAACCAACUCUUUCAUGAUCUGCAAAACGAAUCAGGAAACAUUACAGCCUUACAACUUAAUGCUGCUCUGAACUCCCAGUCCAGAAAUCUAGUCAGGAACCAUCGAACAGGGACAGACCUUUCCAUGUUUAGAGAUAAACUAUCUGAGGAAGAGCUUAAAGAAUCUUUAUAUGAGUCUACUUCUCCAUAUGUGCUUGAAAAGGCUACAACUACACCAUUUCCAAAGGUUCUGGUUGAUCAGAUGGCACAAACCCCUUCCUUGAAAGAGGCUUCUAAUUUUCCAUAUACCAACAGGAUGCAGUACUGUGUUGGGAAAGACACCCUUUCCCCUAAAUUAGUUAAUUAUUCAAACCAAAAGUGUCAUAGUAGUUCGCGUCAGGAUCUGCAUAUUUUACAGCAAUUAUUACCCACAUGUGUUGAGAAUUCUGGAAGAAAAAGAAAAAGUGAAGAUGUUAUUCUCAUGGAAAAUAUCCAGGUAGAAGAAACUGGCAGGACUCAGAAGAGCCCAAAAGUACUUGAAAUGGAUGGUAGUGUACCAGAGUUUUCUUCAGAGCAUUUAAUUGUAAUAGAAAAUGAAGUGGACAGGAAUCAAGUUGACAGAGUGCCCAAGCUUUCCUCUGAGGUUUUCUCAAAGUUGUAUGGGGCUAUGAAACAGCUGCUUUCUGAAUCAAGACAUGAGCUUAAUUUAUUGCAGCUUCACAUUCUGGAAGAUAUUUUGGAUCAGCUGCAGAAGGCUAAAAAGUAUGAGAAGCUUUGUGCUGUCAUCCAGUUUCAGCAGAAAAGGGUAGCUGAAGCAAGAUGCUUGCAACAGAUGCUUGUUUAUGAACAGGCAAAGUUGCAAUUAAUGCGUGUGAAGCAUGAGAUAACCCAGAAGAGGUUACGGUUGUUGCAAUCAGGGAUUCAGGAAUUUCAAAAUUGGAAGUUAUGUUCUUUGCAUUAUCUCUUUAUGCCUGGUGUUAGAGGUGCUGAACCCGAGGGAACUCAUUUAACAUCACUAUCUGUUAAUGGCAAAAAUGAGGAAGCUCGUGAUAAAGUAAUCACAAUGAAGAAGGAGCUUGGAGACUUAGAUGAAAAAAUAAAGUCCAUUAUUAAAUGCUUCCAUGAUUCUUGUCACAUAAAAGGAGAACUGAGCUAUGAUGAGUCCGUAGCUAUAGUUAAUGAUUAUCUGAAGAAGAGAAAAUGUUGCAGUUUUAUUCGUCAGGACAUGCAGCCAUGGAGUGUGGAUGACCAGUGGAAUGAGAGUGGUCAUCACAACAUUGCUCUCAAUUACCACAAUUUCCUCUUCCAAAGUUUGACAAUAAUUGUCCACCCCAUUUCAAGUAUAGUUGCUGUGAGCAAAUUGAACGAUACAAACAUCAUAAAGGCCUUUCCAAGUAUUAAUGCUUGCACAGCCUUCGCAUUUGUGUUCAAUGCUGAGGCAACUGACAAGAGGAGCGGCUCUAAAUGUUUGGCUGAAGAAACACAAAUUACCAGUUCUCUUUUGGGUAAUUUGUUAGAUGUGAUUGAAGAAGUACAGGCUGCUCGGAUAAAGCUUCCAGAUCUAGUCGAGACAAGUUUUUACUCUCCCUGUGCUAAACAGCUCAAUUUGCGUCUUUGUUUCAUCCAUUUCAAGACUGGUAUGAAGGUGAUCCUGAUUCUUGACAUGACUUAUUUGAAUUGCGGGGUGUAUCCCUCUGAUGUCGUCCCAUCUCAUGUAUCAACUAACAUCCAUGGAGUGGAAACACCAGUGUCAUCAUCAUUUUCACUGUCACCUGAAAUUAUAGUUGCAGUUGACAGACUUAAAGCUGGACGUGCGAGGAUAAUAAGGCUUUGUAGGUGUGUUUCCCAGGUGGUUCAAGCUUGGAACAGGUAGAUUUUGUAAACAAUCGGUUGCCAUUUGUGUGCUUCGGCAAUUUGUUUGUGUAUUCUAUUGUAUAUAUUGAUGAGUAGUUGUCCAAACAUCCCCUAUUUGGUCUUGCA